UCCGAUAAGCGGAUGUUUUUUUUCCCCCUCUCUCUCCAAGCUAAUAAAACCUUUCCUUUCUGAGUGUUUCACACCUUAAAUACAUUUUUCGACCCUGAAUUAUUCUUACACUCCUGUAACAUAAAAGAAGAGGGAAUUGUCCUCGUUACUGACAGGACACCAAAAACACAUCAGACUUGAAACAUAUUCACAGCAGCAUCAUGUCUGCAGAACUGGACCUGUCUCCUCCAGAGGUCCCUGAGCCCACCUUCCUUGAGAGUCUGUUGCGCUAUGGGCUCUUUCUGGGUGCUAUAUUUCAGCUUAUCUGCAUCCUGGCUGUCAUCUUACCCACAUCCAAAGGACAUGAGCAGGAUGAAACGGAGUCCACUGAUGGAAAAGUCACAGAACAGAUGAAGAAAACGAAAGGACCAGCACCACAGAUUCGACAGAAACCAAAGAAAGAGAGCAAAAAGAAGCGAUAGAUUGUACUUAAUGUCUGCAUGAAUGUGGGUGUGUGUGUGCGCUGGACUGCUACUGGCUUGUUUGAGUGCUUGUGGAGUCAUCUGUGAGUCAGCAAUGGCAUUUUCCAAAACAGUUUUCACUCCAGGUACCUGAAACACUAAUUUCAAAUUAAGAUGAAGAAUUGUGCCAUUUUAAUUUGAAUGACCUUGAACCACAUCCUAAACACAUUCAACGCAAUAUCACAAAGAAAAAUGUUAUGUCAAUUGUUUAUUCCAUUACAUGUUUUUUUAUUCUCUUUUAUACAUUUAAAUGAAUUCAGCUGUAUUUGGAUCACAGCGGUCAAAUAAAUACCUUGUGUAGUCAUA